AUGAGUAAUCUUUUCAAGGGUUCGCCGUACAGACGGCGCCGAGACCUGGAGUCUGGUAGCCGCUCUGCUGACUUGGACCGCGACCUCGAUGACUACGAGUCUUCCAGUCCUUUCAACAUUACCAGUACCAAAAAUGCUUCUGUUGAGCGUCUCCGCCGUUGGAGGCAAGCUGCACUCGUGCUCAAUGCUUCUCGCCGAUUCCGGUAUACCCUAGACUUGAAGAAGGAAGAAGAGAAGAAGCAGAUAUUAAGAAAGAUCAGGGCACAUGCACAGGCUAUUCGGGCUGCAUACCUUUUCAAGGAAGCUGGACUCCGAGUAAAUGGAACAACGGACCCACAGAAAACCUCAGGCGGGGAUUUUGCAGUUUCCCAAGAACAACUUACCACGGUGACAAGGGAUCAUAAUAUUACUGCUCUGCAGGAACUUGGUGGUGUUAAAGGGCUUGCAGAGGCCCUGAAAACGAGUCCGGAGAAAGGAAUUCUUGGAGAUGAUUCCGAUUUAGUGAAACGAAAGAAUGUGUUUGGCUCUAAUACGUAUCCUCAAAAGAAGGGAAGAAGCUUUUGGAUGUUUCUUUGGGAAGCUUGGCAAGAUUUGACCUUAAUCAUAUUGAUGGUAGCUGCAGCUGCUUCUUUGGCCCUUGGCAUAAAAACAGAGGGUAUCAAGGAAGGCUGGUACGAUGGUGUCAGCAUUGCCUUUGCUGUUCUUCUCGUAAUUGUUGUAACUGCUAUAAGUGAUUAUAGACAGUCCCUGCAAUUCCAAAAUUUGAAUGAGGAGAAGAGAAACAUACAUUUGGAGGUUAUCAGAGGUGGAAGAAGAGUUGAGGUUUCCAUAUAUGACAUUGUUGUUGGUGAUGUCAUACCGCUCAACAUUGGUGACCAGGUUCCUGCUGAUGGAAUUUUAAUUACUGGCCAUUCGCUUUCUAUUGAUGAAUCCAGCAUGACUGGAGAGAGCAAGAUUGUGCACAAGAGUACUUCAGAACCAUUUCUCAUGUCUGGCUGUAAGGUAGCAGAUGGCAGCGGCACUAUGCUGGUGACGGGUGUUGGAAUCAAUACUGAGUGGGGGUUGCUUAUGGCAAGCAUUUCUGAAGAUACGGGUGAAGAAACGCCAUUGCAGGUGCGUCUGAAUGGCGUGGCUACUUUUAUUGGCAUUGUUGGACUUUCAGUAGCUGUUCUUGUCCUGGUUGUCCUGAUUAUCAGGUACUUUACUGGUCACACUAAAAAUCCUGAUGGAAGUAUCCAGUUUAAAGCAGGCCGGACAAGUGCUAGCGCUGCUGUAGAUGGAGCUAUCAAAAUCUUCACUGUUGCGGUUACAAUUGUCGUAGUUGCUGUACCUGAAGGGUUGCCCCUAGCUGUUACUUUAACUCUCGCCUACUCAAUGAGGAAAAUGAUGAGAGACAAAGCCUUAGUUCGUAGGCUUUCUGCUUGUGAAACCAUGGGCUCUGCCACAACUAUUUGUAGUGACAAAACUGGUACCUUAACUUUGAAUGAGAUGACUGUGGUUGAUGCUUAUGUUGGAGGUCAAAAGCUUGAUCCUCCAGACAACAAGGCUCGGUUGUCUGGUGUCCUUUCUUCUCUACUCAUUCAAGGUGUUGCACAAAAUACGAACGGAAGUGUUUUUGUACCUGAGGGUGGAGGAGAUGUCGAGGUUUCAGGAUCACCUACGGAGAAAGCUAUUCUUGUUUGGGGACUCAAGCUUGGAAUGGAUUUUGGUGCUGUAAGGUCACAAUCAACCUUGGUCCAUGUUUUCCCUUUCAACUCGGAGAAGAAAAGAGGUGGUGUUGCUUUGCAAUCGGCUGAGUCACAAGUGUAUAUUCACUGGAAGGGGGCUGCUGAAAUAGUUCUAGCGUGCUGCUCAAGGUACAGUGAUGCAAGUGGUGAAGUAGUACCCAUGGAUGAAGAUAAGUCACUCUUUUUCAAGAACGCCAUUGAAGAUAUGGCUGCUCGCAGUUUGCGUUGUGUUGCCAUUGCAUACAGACCAUAUGAGGAGAAAGUUCCUGCUGAUGAGCAGCAGCUGAUGCAAUGGAAGUUACCUGAAGAUGAUCUCAUAUUGCUGGCUAUUGUUGGUAUAAAGGAUCCUUGUCGACCCGGUGUUAGAGAUGCUAUCCAACUAUGCCAAAAUGCUGGAGUUAAGGUGCGGAUGGUUACUGGUGACAAUCUUCAAACUGCUAAAGCAAUUGCGUUGGAAUGUGGGAUACUAGGCUCUGAUGCUGAUGCUGUGGAGCCUAAUCUUAUAGAAGGAAGAAUAUUUCGUGCCUACUCUGAUGAACAAAGAGAAGAAAUUGCAGAGAAGAUCUCGGUCAUGGGCCGAUCUUCACCAAAUGAUAAGCUUCUUCUUGUGCAAGCGCUAAGGAAAAGAGGGCAUGUUGUUGCCGUUACAGGGGAUGGCACAAAUGAUGCUCCUGCUUUGCAUGAGGCAGAUAUUGGCCUUUCUAUGGGUAUUCAAGGAACGGAAGUUGCCAAGGAGAGUUCAGAUAUUAUCAUUCUCGAUGACAAUUUUGCUUCAGUCGUUAAGGUUGUCCGGUGGGGAAGAUCAGUCUAUGCCAAUAUUCAAAAGUUUAUCCAGUUUCAGCUCACUGUCAAUGUUGCUGCACUUAUCAUAAAUGUUGUAGCUGCUAUUUCUUCUGGUGAUGUGCCAUUAAACGCCGUACAGCUUCUAUGGGUUAAUCUCAUCAUGGAUACUCUUGGAGCGUUGGCAUUGGCCACUGAGCCACCUACAGAUCACCUAAUGCAUAGGCCCCCAGUUGGUCGUAGGGAACCUCUGAUAACUAAUAUAAUGUGGAGGAACCUGUUGAUACAGGCAUCAUAUCAAGUAAGUGUCUUGCUGGUUCUGAACUUCCAAGGAAAAAGGUUACUGAGCUUGCAGCACGACAAUGCCGACCAUGCGAACAAAGUGAAGAACACCAUCAUAUUCAAUGCAUUUGUGCUCUGCCAAAUCUUCAACGAAUUCAAUGCAAGGAAGCCUGAUGAGAAAAACGUUUUCAGAGGGGUUACAAAAAACCGUCUUUUCAUCGGGAUAGUUGCAAUGACCCUCAUACUCCAGGUUGUCAUCAUUGAGUUCAUUGGGAAGUUCACUAAAACAGUAAAGCUGAACUGGAAGCACUGGUUACUUUCAGUUGGUAUUGCAUUCGUCAGCUGGCCGCUUGCGUUUGUUGGUAAGCUGAUUCCUGUCCCUAAAACUCCUCUGCACGAGUUCUUCACGAGGAAAUUCUAUCGACAUGGACGACAUUAA